UGUGUGUGUGUAUGUUUGUGCGUGAAUGACGUGAGUGCGUAUGUGUGUUGCCACCGCACUGUGACUGUGGUGUUGUACGGUACUGACACCAACACUUAUAUAAUCUACUGAAACUUUGCCUCAGACAUUGUCGCGAUCUCAGACCUUAGAGGAUUUUGACAAAAAUGGCACCAGUCCGCUACCCUGACCUAAUUGCCAAGAAAAGGGAUGGCCAGGAACUCAGUGACGAGGAAAUCCAAAUGUUUGUUCAGGGUGUUGCCAAGGAGGACAUGGGGGACUCACAAAUUGGAGCCAUGCUCAUGGCCAUAUUCCUCCGAGGAAUGUCCACCCGCGAGGUCACGACCUUGACCCAAGAGAUGGUGAACUCUGGCGAGUGCCUCACGUGGCCUGAGGAAUGGAAGGACAUCCUGGUAGACAAGCACAGCACAGGGGGAGUGGGGGACAAGAUCAGCCUGGUGCUUAUGCCUGCCCUGGCGGCUGUCGGGAUGAAGGUGCCGACUAUCUCCGGGCGUGGUCUGGCUCACACAGGUGGCACCCUGGACAAACUUGAGGCCAUCCCAGGGUUCCGAGUCUCUCUGACGUCACAGGAAAUGACGCACAUGCUGAGGACUGUGGGCGUGUUCAUAGCAGGCCAGACUCAAAACAUCUGUCCAGCAGACAAGAUAAUGUACAAGACUCGAGACGUCACAGCCACUGUGAACCACAUUGGACUCAUAACAGGUUCUAUCAUGUCCAAAAAGUUGGCGGAGUCCAUCAAGUCUCUGGUGCUGGACGUGAAGACCGGAAAUGGCGCGUUGAUGGCAGACGAGCAGCAAGCAGCCGAGUUGGCCGAGUCUAUGGUAUCCUGUGGCAAGGGGCUUGGUCUGAACUCUGUGGCCCUCAUCACCGACAUGGACUCGCCCAUUGGCAACAUGGUGGGCAACGCUCUGGAGGUGGCCGAGUCCAUAUGGUGUCUGCAGGGGAAGGGGCCUUCGGAUCUGGAGGACCUUGUUGUUGAGCAGGGAGGUCAACUCCUAGCAGCAUCCGGUAAAGCCGACUCGGUGGAGGAAGGUACAGACAAGCUCCGACAGUCCAUUAGAAACGGCACAGCGCUGGGUGUGUUCAGGGAAAUGAUGAAAGGUCAAGGGGUCAGCUCGGACGUGGCCGAUGACCUCUGUGACCCCCAGAAAGACGUCUGGACAAUACUGACCCCGGCCAAGAACAAGACAGAACUGAAGAGCCCAACAGCAG